CACCCACUUCCCUCAUCCGAAACAUCUGUCGCACAGCCAUAUGACAGUGAAGAUGGCAGGACUAAGAACUAGGCGAAAGCUCCCUCUGACGAUAGGAUGUCUUGUGUGUCUGUUCUUGAUAAUGAAAAGAGGCAACCAGACCAGGAAUUACGAACUCUUCAUCCCUCAUCGAGACCCCAAGGUUGUAUGGGACGUUGUGGCAGACUUCAGCAAUAUGCCAAAGUUGAAUACAAGAAUAGACCGCUGGGAACUGCUGGACGAGUCGGGAAAUUUUGACAAAUGGACCUACAAAGUCAUCACCUACGAGUCCAUGAUAGGUCAGUGGCUCUUCGGAUAUAACGAGAACCACGGAGAGAUUUUGGUUGAGCCAAUAGACGCCCCCGACCACUACUACAUGCAAGAGAUGUACACGACUUUCAGCUUCCAUGGAUUCCUCACGAUUAAGAACCACGGUAAAAUGCACUUCAAGCGCGCCACCCGAGACGGGCAGGAAGGGACCCUGUUCUUGCAUGAGGCCUAUUGCAACUGCCCGCUACUUAUGGCGUCCAAUCUGCAUCCUGGAGACUGAUCUCAACAGGGCCGAGUUCCUCCGCAAAUUUGGGCAACUGGUUCCAAUG